AUGCAGGAUGUAUGUACGCUUCCUGUGAAUGUUGGUGUUGCAACCCAUGUAAUGACACCAUCUCUCGUUGGUCAUCUCGGCAUUACAAGUGAUGCACUGAGUUCCAUCUUUUCCUCAUCGCAAGGGAGGAAUGUACACACACAUCCACCACCGUCAACAUCCAAGGAUAUCAAGAAGGCCAUGGAAAAAGUUCAUGACUAUAACGCCAAUCACUUAAAUACAUUUCUUCGUGGAUAUAUGUUUGGUCGCGCACCAGUCGCAGAGGAAGUUUUGUCAAAUAUACGAAGACUUUCUAUUAACUCCAGCGGUGAAUGGGCCUUUCAGUGCCAAUCAGCCGCGUUGCGGAUGUUCCUCGCUGAACUAGAAGCACGUGAUACCGGAGUGAUACCAAAAGCAAAACACGAGGACUCUUUGGUGUUAACAGAGUUGCGACAGGCCUUACCAGAGUACCGAGGAAAGCCUCCUUCUAUUUCUCUGACUUGCUGUCAUUUUCGUUUUGUAGGUGAUGUUGAUCCAGAAAAUAUAGAACAAAAUGAGCGUAAUUUCUCAGCAAAAGUUUCUAUUAGAAAUGAUGGGAUCUCUAAGUGUACUAUUAAGGUUUCUGAGGUUUACACAGUUGUAGAUGGUGAGGUUGUUUUUGGAGACUAUCUUGGUUCUUCAAGUGGAGGAGAUCGUAAUAUUCGUCAGGGAGAAGUUGCCACAUUUCACUUCGCAUUACGAUCACCUCCUAAAAGUCAACUCUCAACAUUUGAGCAGGUUAUCGUUCUUAGUGUGGAUGUUUAUGUGAAGGUUUUUGUAACCUUUGCUAUUCUCUCACCAAGACAACGGUCAUUUGGUCUUGGAUUUCCUAAAUGUCUUGCUCUUAUGGUGCGGGGUUCACCUAUUGGUACCUAUGCAAGUCCUCUUAUGCUACAACUGCUAAAACAUCAGUUUAUUCGUCUACAGGGAUUAGCGAAUAAGGAUAUUGGUCAUCUAUUGAUAGGUAAAUCUUCAAACUUUGCUACCCGAAAUCGUGAAAUUAUGCGAGAAGCCACACGUGUAAAGGAAAUAUUAGAAGAAGAAAUGGAUUUUAUGGAAGUUCUAGAAUCAUAUCGUUCUACACUGCCUAAAAAGUCCUUGGGAAACUUUGAACUUCCCGAGUCCUUUGCGCAACCGGCAGGGUACCUUCCUGGUGGUAUAUUACCAACGGCGGUUGCAGCAGUCAGUAGUAUGUCCUGUUUUCCAAAUGCUACAACCAGACUACCCACAGCUCUCACAAAUACUCAACCUGAUGUAUUGAUGGGACUUAUUAUGAUAUUUUUAGCUGAACUUGAUGUGACUAUUUUUGAUUCCUCACUUCUUCUUUGUGAACCAAUGACAUACUUGGAGAGUCUUCUUCCGUACCUACGUGGAGUGGUUCUUUGGAUAGUUGAUUUAUGCGCAGGACUUUUAAUUCAUAAAAGUUCAAAUGGUGUAUCGUUACGUCAUUUGGCACUAACUUUUGCCGCUUUGCUGAUGCGCAAGAAACUUCAGUUUGACGCAGUUAAUACUUAUAGUGUUUUUAUAGAUCCUCUUGCAGGUGACGUAAAAAAAGAACCACAAGGUAACUCUCUAUUAGCGGAUGUGGCAUUGCAACAGAGUGCUGUUACGGCAUUUGUUCAUUGGAUAACCGUUUUUAGUUCUUGUUAUGGAAAAAGUUCUUCUUGA